CAAACAUGAUUUUUAUGUUUUGCUAUACAUUUUAUUGUUUCAGAAACGUGUCCCAUAACUUUGUAAAUAAACAUCCGGAAUAAGUAAAAGUAUGCACAAAUACCAGAAUGUCCGCUGCUUUGAUUGGACGGUGUGAUCCAGACCGCACAAAGAGAAAUUUGAUAAAAAAUGACGACUUCAUGUUUAUUAGUGUAACAAUCGGAAAGUGGUCGAAUACAAUGAUUGGAUUAUUCGGGUGAAUCAUAAGCGGGCAGGACUUUUACUGCUUCAGUGAAAGUGCACGAAGAUCGUGAAGAUAUUUGUAAAUAUUUGACGGAUUGUUUUUGUGUACUUCCUGUUUUUUGUUGAUCUCCUCCUCAUUCUGAUAUGUAAUGAAUCCUGUAGUGAAGUUACUAUUAUUUUUAUAAAAAAUUAUCACUUCUGUAACAAAAAUAGGCAGAAAAGUGAUGAUUUCUAGGGGAAAACUUAGGAGUAUUGCAGAGGUAUGUGCGGACUGCACUGCCCCAGACCCCACAUGGGCUUCAUUAAACCGUGGAAUACUGAUAUGUGAUGAAUGCUGCAGUGUCCAUCGUAGUCUUGGAAGACAUAUUUCCCAAGUAAAGUCACUAAAAAAGGGUGCUUGGUGUCCAUCUCAGUUAUCUAUGGUUCAUACUCUGUACAGUUGUGGUGCUAAUUCUAUAUGGGAGUACACUUUAUUAGAUCCUGGCCCACACAAAAGUGAACGGAGAAAACCAAAUGCCAAAGAUCCUCUUCAUCCAACAAAAGCUGAUUUUAUUCGAGCCAAACAUCAGAACCUAGCCUUUGUUCGUAGACCCAGUAGAGAUGAAGGUCCUUUGUUAGUAUCAGACUUGAAUAAGCAACUGUACUCCAGUGUUCGAACAGCCAACCUAGAAACUAGCCUUCGACUUUUGUCUCGUGGAGCUGACCCAAACUAUAUCCACCCAGAAAGGGGAAAUACUCCAUUACACUUAGCUGCAAAAACUGGUCAAUCUUCUCAGGUGGAAUUGUUGUUCAUUUAUGGUGCUGACCCUGCAGCUCAGGACAGAUAUGGAAAAACCCCUGUUGAUUAUGCUAGGGAUGCUGGACAUACAGAUUUGGUAGACAGGCUUGUUGAAUGUCAGUAUGAACUAACUGAUAGGUUGGCCUAUUAUCUUUGUGGUAGAAAACCAGAUCAUCAAUCCGGACAAGAUUUUAUUAUUCCAGAGAUGUCAGACAGCCUUGACUUAUCUGAAGUUGCUAAAGCUGCUAAGAAAAAACUCCAAGAAGUGAAAGUGUAUUCAAAUGUUCUCAUCUCUGUAGUUUGGUUGUCGACUCAGAACUACAGUGCCUUAGUAACCGAUCGACAAAUUGUGCGUUUUCUACCCGUUUAUCCAGAAUUCUCCUCCACCAGAAAUCAAGGCAGACAGAAGCUAGCUAAGUUUAAUGCACGAGAGUUUGCUACUCUGGUUAUUGAUAUACUGAGUGAGGCAAAAAGAAGACAACUGGGCUUGUGCUUAACACACAGCUUCACACCUAGAGAUAGAGCACCUGACCAGAGACCAAUCAUGUCUUCUACAAACACAAAAACAGAUAGUACUUUGUCUGAAGAUACAGGAAACAUGAGCGAUGAUGAACCUUUGUAUGACAGUGUAGCUUCUGAUGAUGAAAGUACGGAGGGUAACCACAGGUCAUCCAUGGAACAGGAAGCAAUGGCAAGCACAGAGCAUGUAAUUGGCCCUGCACAAGAAGCUUCUACCCAAGUAGAGUCAGUAUCUGAGCCGGUAAGUACAGAUUGUGAAGCUGCUUCGGAGAUGAAUCCUGUCAAUUCUGUUAACUCGGAGCUUAUAAAAGAUGAUAUUGAGGUCUCCGAACUGGGAGAAGCAGUUUCUCAGAAAGGUGGAAAGAAAGCAGUCCUAAUUCGUGAUAGACCAGAGAGUUUUGCAUCUUCAGAUCAGUCAGAUGGACCUAUUACACUUGAAGAAUACUUAGAGGUUAAGAAGCAGCUGGCAACAUCCGAGGCUCGAAUUAACCAGCUUGUUCAAAGUAACAAAGACAUGAGGAAGGAAAUCAACCUCUUACAGAAUAUGGUUCAAAAAUUGAUGCAAGAGAACUCUAACUUGAGAUCAACCAUCCAGUAUAAUUCUUCAAGCAGUCAUCCUAUCCCCCAACAUGUGCCAAAUGGUUUUGAACCACCUGCUGGUCAUCAUCAUCCAGCCACUGGACAGCAAACAACUCCAGAUAAACUAGAAGAAGGUGUUGCUCUCCGCCAACCUCGAGGAAAUCAGAGACCUCAGUCCAUGUAUGAGCCACGAGAAAGGCAGCAUGUUCAACAAGAUCAACACUUAUCUUGCUGUUGGGAAGCUACAUCUAUUUCUGAUCAGAGGAGAAGUAAUGCUCUACCUCGAGAUGACAGUGGAAUUGGUAAUGUACAGUCUGGUCACUCUUCAAGAAAUAGUGGAGAUUAUGACAAUACUUCAGUCAGUUUUAGUAGCAGCAGUUCACAUCAGAGUCGAAGUAAUUCAUUGAGUCCCACAUCCGAGUCCCCACCAAUGUCAAACGAAAUGACACAGUCUAAACAUCCAACUGCAAACAGCAAAUCUAAGCUGCCAUCUCGAGAAGAAAUAGACCGCAAAACAGAACAGAUCACAAAGAAAAUUCAGGAACUCCUUAUUUCUGCCCAGGAGAAAAAACAUGAAAAUUUCAUACCUUGCUCUGAAAAAAUAUUGAAGGCUGUUACUGAAAUUGCAAAUGUGUUUCCUCAAGGCAUACAAGAGGAUCACAUUAGGUCCAUAUUGAAACAGUUAACAGGAAGUGCAUCACGAUUACAGAGAGAAUGUAACACACUUUUGUGUCAGAAUCAGCCAUCAAUAGAUUAUCGAUUUGUAACUCAACAGGUCAUUCAGUGUGCUUAUGACAUUGCCAAGACUGCAAAGCAAUUGGUCACGAUUUUUCACUAAUUUUAAAUGGAAUUAAAAACAAUAUAGAAGUAAUGCAAAUAAAUAAAUGCUUCAUUGACUUUAAUAAAAUUUCAAAGCACAAAAACAUGUUUGAAAGUGUUGUAAGAUCCUAAUGAAGGUUGUUUGGUCAAAACACUGAUCAUAUAUUUUCCUCUCGUAAAUAAAUUUUAACUAUAUCUUUUUACUCUCAAAAAGGAAAGUAUAAUUGACUGAAUCAAAAGUUUAAUUUUACUAUUUGGAAAAUAAUAUUAAUAUAUUAAGAAUUGGACUUUUUAAAGAAACAGGAACAGUUUCUAGAUCAACAGGUUUUAUACUUAGCUUAAUAAUAGUCUUAAAACAGGUUCUAAUGAUAUUAUGGAAGGAUAAAAAAGAGAAUAUAUUGCUCCAUAAAGCAUCGGAAGUUCUACUUGAAACCCCUUUAUAAUUAAAAGAUUUGUACCUAACACAUAUUAGUCAGAGUGUAAUGGCAAAGCCAAAUGCUUGAAAAUCAAUAAAAAUGUAAAAAAUGUAGAGAUAAGGCCAUCUUUAAAUAGCACUGGGGUCAUAAAUAUUUAGAAACAAAAAAUAUUUUGGACAAUCAUGUUUAGAAAGCUUAUGGUGUGGUUAGAAUUAUACAGGAAAAGAAAAUGUGGUAGAUGAUUAAUUAGUUGCAUAAUAUAAAUUUAAGGUAUGUUUUUUUGUUGUUGUUUUUAUAUCAAGUGGUUUAAAACCUGUAAGAUAUAAAUACCAUAUCUGGUUUUGUAAUAUGGUCAACUUAAAAAUAAGAUUUUAUUUUGCAUUUAAAAAUUUAUGUUUAUCUUUUAAUGUACUUAAUAGUUUGAUUUGUAAGUUUGAGUAUAUUUGCAUUUUUAUAAUGUUAUAAUUCACACCUUAAGAAUUAGCUUAUGAGAUCAAACAGUAUAGCAGUCAAAUAUCUAGAAUAGAAUCCUUUCACAGUAUGUGUAUAUCAAGUUUUCUUGACUGCUUUUUAAACUUAUGUUGAUAAUUAUAAUUUUAUUUUUUUUAUAUCUGAAAGUUAAGAAAUAAAAUGAGGCAUGUUUAAUAUUUGGUGGUCAAAAAAAAUACUAAAGCAAUAUUCUGUAAAUCACUUCAACAAAAAAGAAACUUUUUUGCUGUGAAAAAAUGGUAAUUAUGCAUGUCUACUGAAAAUUUGUCACCAUGUUUGAUAUAUUCAUUAUAUACACAUAAGAUUAACACUACAGCAGGGAUGAUAAAUUAACAAAUAAUAAUCUCACCUGGUACUGUGGGUUUCACAGUAGUCGUUUUCUAUUAAUGUUUUUAUCAUCAUGAAUUUCUAUGAUGUUCCUUAGCCAAAAAUUAUUUGAAUUUUGAUUACAUUUAAAGCAUGAUAUUUAUUUUCAUUAUGUAUGUAAUAGGCAACACAGAGUAACAAUGUUGGGUUUUCAUCUCAUUAAUGAAGAAAGAAUAUUAAGUUGAUGAAUUCAAGAGUUUAACCAUUUGUCUGUGCAGUAUUAAGAACUAAAAUGUAAGCCCUAAAAAUGUUCUUAUCUUGAUUCUUACAUUUUUUUAAUUAAAAGGUAAUCUCUUGAAAUUUUACUAUUUUUAUUCAGGGAAAUUAAUGAAUGUGGGUGUAUUCUUUGUAAAAUUGUUAUGUUGUAUCUUACUUGGAAGUUGUUCAGGUGCUCAAAAUUUAAAGUAUAAUAGUUGCUCAGGAAAUAGUUGUAGCCAACAAAACUCUUGAAAUUGCAGCUUCCAGUUUUGCACUUGCUCAUACAAGAUUAUUAUUUUAAGACAAAAAAUCUGUGAAUAUUCUUGGUAAGCGUUAAAUGAAAACUGUGUAUCUAGUAGAUAUGGUGUUUUUUAAACUAAAAUAUGCCUUGCUAUUUCUCAUUUAAUACCUUUGAAAUGAUUCUACCCUUGAAUUAUAUUCCCUACUAAUUAAUAAAUGAAAAUAUUAAAAGUUGAAACAAAAGACACUUCUUUAGGCUUUAACAUGGUGUCUGAAAUUGGUAUUUAUAAUUAUAAUAUAAUUUUUAAUGUUAAUAGGUUUGUACCAGAGUUACCUGAGCAAACUUUAAUGUUACUAAAAAACAAGACUAUCAGCAAAAGUAUGUGAAACCAAAAUAUUUUUUUAUUUUACCUAAAUUUCAAAGUAUUUUAAAUUAAUACUUUUCAUAAUUUUUUUAGCCCUGUUAAUUAAAUAUAUAAUAAAUAUUUAGCUUCAUAAAAUAAAAUUUAUUUUAUCCCAUACCUAAUUCCAACAUGACUAUUAUGAUUAGAGAAAGUUAUUAUAAAAGAGAAAGUAAUCUGUUAAUGGAAAGACCAUAUACAAUUAUAUUUAAAUUGUUUAUUAUCUUCUGAAGAACUCUAAUGGGAUCAAUUAUCUAAUUGUACACAUUUUCUUACAAUAGAACCUUGAAUAUAAAGAAACUUUGAAAAGCAAAGCUAGAAACCAAAUGUGUAUGUUUUUUAUGAAAACUAUAUUAGAUUAACUUGGAAUUGGUAGCUAAGAAGCCAGUUAUUUUGUGUAGUUCUGUUGAAUAUGUAUUUAGAGUUUUGCCAUAAUAUGAAAAAAACAAGUUUAAUUUUACUACAUGCAGCUAUUUUCAUACCAUUUUUAAAAUAUUGUUGUUGAAUUAAGCAGCUGCUGCCUUUGAAGAUGCCUUUAGAGCUUCUGUGUAUUUUAGAUAAUCAGAAAAUAUAAUAAAAUACAUUGUUUAAUUUA